CACCCUCCUCGUUGUGCAGGCGUGCUGGAGCGCAGCCGGGAGCAGCUGCUGCGGCAGACGUGCGAGGCCGUGGUCCUGGGGGUGCUGCACCCCCGCACCGCCAUCUCCCUGGUGCUGCAGGUGCUCAGCGAUGCUGGCUCGCUGCUGUCCUGCUGCCUGAACGCCGCCUGCAUGGCGCUGCUGGAUGCGGGGCUGCCCCUCGCCACCCUCUUCUGUGGUGUCACCUGCGCCCUGCAGCCCGACGGCACCAUCCUGCUGGACCCCACGGCCCGACAGGAGCAGGACGCCCGCGCCAUCUUCACCUUUGCCAUCGCCAGCAGCGAGAGAAAGGUGCUGAUGGCCACCACCAAGGGCAGCUGCUCUGUGGAGGAGAUGCAGCAGUGCCUGGCCGCAGCCCAGCGCGCUGCCGACACCAUCUUCCAGUUCUACCGCGACUCCGUGUGCCGCCGCUACUCCAAGUCCUGAGCUGGGGACACCCCGCGGGCAGCUGGACUGGCCUGGACCCCCCGCACUCAGUAAAGGAUUGCUUUUCCCUCCA